GACUGCGAAGACCCACUGCGUGCACUUUUGUUGACGUUUCAGGUUUUUUCACUUCAAAUUUCCAUAUUUAUUCAAUUUAACAAUUAAAAUGGGUAGUGACUGGGAUGAGAUUAAGCGCCUGGCAGCGGACUUUCAAAAAGCCCAGCUUACCUCGACACUGCAGAAGCUUUCGGAACGCAAUUGCGUGGAGAUUGUGACGUUGCUGCUGGAGAAGCAGCUGCUCGAGGUGGUGUUCACCAACGAUGGCAAGGAGUACAUUACACCGGAUCACUUGGAGCGCGAGAUUCAGGACGAGCUGUAUGCGAAUGGAGGCCGGGCCAAUCUGGUGGAGGUCAGCAGGACAUUGAAUGUGGAUCUGUCCCGCAUUGAGGCACUGGCUGAGCGCAUUGCGGCAGAGAAUCCCCUGGUGCAUCUGGUGCUGGGACAGCUAAUCGACGAGGACUACAUCAGCCACAUUGCCCAGGAGAUCAAUGAGAAGCUGGCGUUGCGUGGCGAAAUAUCCAUUUCCGAUUUGGCCUCUCAAUUCGAUCUGCCCUCGGAGUUUCUGCAGCAGGAUGUGGUAGAGAAGCAUCUGGGCAAGAUCAUCAAGGGCCGCCAAGACGCUACCAAUCCGCGAGUCUUCUUCACCCAAGCCUACAUCCAGCGAUGCAAGGCGAAAAUACGUGGUGCUCUGGCGGCCAUCACUAGGCCCACAAAUGUGGCUGUCAUUCUGCAGCAGAUCAAUGUUCAGGAGAAGAUCUUUCACUCACUGCUGGACGAGAUAUCGGCGGCCGGACAGGUGACCUCCAAACUGGCCAAUGCCCAGUAUGUGCCGCACAUCUACGCUAAGACGCAGGCCGAUUGGGUCAACUCCUUCUACAAGCAGAACAGCUUUCUGGAGUACGAUGCCAUCAACAAGCUUGGCAUUUCCGAUGCCAAGUCCUACAUACGCAAACAAUUUCCCAACGAGGAGUUCUUGUUCCUGAAGCGCGUGGCCCUCGGCGCUCGUCUUGUGGAGCUCACCGUCGUUACGGCCCUUAAUGAAUGCAGUGCCACCAAGCAAUAUUUGGACUUGACUACCAUUCUGCCUUCCAAUCUGUCGGAGGAGGACAUCGAAGAAGUCUUCAGCGCCAUUAUGGCCCAGAAGCAUAGCAAUCCCAGCAAUUUUGUGUACCUGGAGAGCAUUGUGUUCUCGCAGCCGUAUCUCACGCAACUGGUGCAGCCAGCCCAUGCUCUGGCCGAGACACAGGCCAAGGCAGCCAUCGAUACGGGCGUCUAUCAGCAGUUUAUUGUGGAUAAGAGUCUGGCUCAAAAAGGUAACACUUCCUUCCAGGACCAGGAUGAUGAUGGAAAGGUGGAUAAGCGUGACGAGCGUAGGAAGAAGGCCUCCUCUGGCAAAGCAGGUGGCGGCGCCCAGGGACGUGAAACCAAAACAAAGUCAACGAAAAAGCAUCAACGACGCAGUGCAGCAGCCCAGAACGAUACCGAUGACGAGGACGAUGUGCAGCAGGGCGCCCGAGGAGCAGGCGGUGGCAAUAAAAAGACUGUAAAGCCAUUAGAUUUAGUCAAAACUGCGGACAUUGUUAAGCUCAUCAACGCUAGUCUAGAGGAAGAGGGUUUGGAGCACUUGGCCCCAUCGAUUGCAGCUCUUUAUCUAAAUCAAUUGAAUCAGACGGCGUUGGCCAAAGCCCAGGAGUUGUAUGAGGCCACACCGCAAACGAAUCGUCGGCAGACUCAUGCCGCCAUCCAGGAUCGCAUCAAUACGCUGCUGAUAGACAUACGGCUGUAUGAGAAGGGUCUGAAGCUCUUUAGCCAUGACACACAGACGCAGCUGGUGAAAUAUCUGCUCAAAUCCCUUGGCAAUGAUAUCUGCAAUGAACUAUCGCUGUAUGUGGCCAGUGAAUGCAAUCUGACGGUGAAGAAUACCAGCUUGAAUGUGGAUCAACGCAUCAAACUGGCCCAAGAGUGUGACGCUCAGUAUCGCAGUGCCCUGCUGGAACAAAACAAAGCCCUGAACAAAUCCAUAGAUGAUUUUGAGCUGGCCACCGAAUCGGUGCUAAAGACCUGCAGUAUGAUUAUCAAAAAGGUGGACAGGAAAAAAGAUCGCCUGCUGAUUGCGGAUCACAAAAAGACGCUGCAGCAACAGCUGCUCGACUGCCGAGAGCCAGCACUGCUGCUGCAUUUGGCUGCCCUGAUACUGUUUACCACAAUUAGCGGCUGCAUUUUGCAUGCCUCUGGUAAAUUCGUCUCUGCCAUAUUGCAGCACAUACGUGGCUCUCUAAGUGAUCCACAGAAUAACACGCUGCUGCGCUAUCAUGAUUUGGUGUUGCAAGUGCUACAGGCAGCGCCAGAAAGUGACGAUUCCAAAAUUGCCCAUGAACAAUUGCAAAUCAUGCAAACGGAGGUGGUAGAACUGGCCCAGAACUUUACACGGGCCUCGGUUUCCAAGGCAGAUUGAGAUCUCUUCCUGCUUCAUUCAUAAUAUCGUAAAUUUCAAUUGGUUAUGGUCUGUAAUAGUGAUUUUUUGUUAAAAUUGCAUAGUUUAUAAAUUGUUUUUUAAAUAUUUUAUUAUUGCUAUGCACGAGAGUCGUCGAGUCGCCUUGAAUACAAUCAGUAAAAUUACAAAAAUGGUUUAAGAGCCUUAAACAGA